AAAAGUAAAUGCAGACGAGAGAGCCCUCACUCAUUUCAACACCCCCAUAGAAGAAAUUUUAGAGAGAGAAACACGAGAAAUUUUUUGAGAGAGAAAUGGAUGGUAUGGAUCACGGCCAUGGCAUGGGCACUGGCAUGGCAUCAUCACCAUCAUCAUCCAUGAUGGACGGCACGAUGAUGCACUUGACCUUCUUUUGGGGCACAACGGAGGAAUUACUCUUCUCCAAAUGGCCAGGCACAAACACGGGCAUGUAUUACGUAUCCCUACUCUUUGUAUUUGCCCUAGCUGUCCUCGUCGAGUGGCUCUCCUACUGCCGUCUGAUCAGGGCCGGCGCAAGCGACGUCGUUUGUGGAGUGACUCAGACUCUUUUGCAUGCAAUUAGGGUUGGGUUAGCUUAUUUGGUCAUGUUGGCCGUCAUGUCGUUUAAUGCUGGGGUGUUUCUUGUGGCGGUGGCUGGGCAUGCUGUUGGGUUCUUGCUUUUUGGGAGUAGGGUUUUUAAGAAGAAAUCGGAUGUUGAUGAUAAGGGUUCUGAUCUUCCUCCAAUGUGUUGUUGAUUAUGUAUAAUACUUAUCUGGAAUUAACUGGGGCAUUUUGGGUUUUGA